AUGGCACGAUCGUCUAGAACUUCAAGUAAAGCAGUCCCAGCUGAAAAACUAACGAAAAAAAUAGUUGCUCAAAACCUGCAUGAAUCUGAGCCUCAGGUCAUUACUAGCGGCGCGGCAGCCGCGAUCCCACUUGAAUCGAACGAUCAUCUUUUUGGUUCCCUUGGCCUUAAUCAUAGAACACUUGAUCUCAGUGAACAGGGGCUACCAACAACAUCCUUUGAAACCCUUGGGGGUCUCAAAUUCGCGGAAAGCUUUGAAUGUAUCUCUUCGACGGCUUUACAACCCGCCCAAUCCGACACCUCCAAGUCUAUCGAACUCCAAGGUCAAACUCUCGAGACUCGUAGCGAGAAUGAACAACCCAACACCCCGCAUUCGCACUCAAACUCCAGGAAGCAUGCUAGGAGAAGAGAGGGGGGAUCCAGUAAAGGCUUACUAGCAAAAUCCGUAAAGGACAAAUUACAGCCCGUUGAUACCACACAACUCCCGGUGAUCCCAGGUGACCGAAUCCUUCUCUCAGCAGUACAUAGAGACGCAAGUGCAGAAGCGACCCUCAUUGCGGACGACAGAGAGUUCACAAAGUCCGUAAGUCGGGCCAUCACAAAAUUCCAACAAAAUUCCCCUACCGUUGAUCUCCCCGUUCCCCAUAUCGGCCAAAAACGGGGUUAUGAAGUCGUUGUUUCCCCAGCUAAAAAAUCUUUACUGAAGAAAAAACUCACCUCAGCAUCGAAGAACUUGCUCAAUUUUGAGAAGCGUGGAGCAUUAUCAUCCGAUUACCACGUUUAUAUAGUUAAAAGCACUAAAAUUAACGACUCCCAAUACUUUUCACGGCUCUUGGCUCCCCAGGGGACAAUGUUCUCGUCAUUGACAGCCUAA